AUGACGUCACGCGGGGGAAUGGCGACCGCACCAAACAUCCCCGCGGCGGCGGCGGCGGCGGCGUCCGCCCUCGCGAGGAAGCCGCCCGGGCGCGCGCCCUCCGCCAAACCUCGCGAGAGCAGCCGCGGCGCCGCGCUUCACCCGCGCUGGGGGAAGUGGGGAGGGGGCCGCCGGCCGGGGCCCGACUACGGCUCCCGUGGUGCAGCGCGGCGUGGCGCGAGGGGCGUCUGCGCGGGCGGCGGGGCUGUGGCGGGCAGGGUCGGCUGGAAAGUGCUUUUGGCAAUAAUGCUUGAAAACCAGUCAUUUUCCUGUUCUUCUAAGGACACUAAUGAGCCAUGUAAAAGCAAGUGUAUCGCAACAAGGCAACGAAGUUGUGCUUUUGUGAAUACUCCAUUACCAUGUAUUAACAAAGCUAUUCAUCACAUUCGAGAGUUAGAAGUAAAGAUGGAGAAAUGCUUUCAACAGUAUGAUCGUGUGUUUAAGGAGGAGGAAAUACCAUGGAUAACAGAAAAGAUCAGUGCUGAAUCUAAUGAUACCUGGUUGUCAUUAUCCACUAGAUUGGAUUUUCAAGAUGUUAAUAUAUCUUUUAAAGACAGCAAGACUUUAACCUUGAAGUUGGAAACAAAAGCUUUACUACUGGAAGUUACUGAGCUAAUUAAGCGACUAGAUGCUGAUUGCCGAGAAGCGGAAAAAGCUUUGGAACAGGAGAAACAGCGAGGGAAAAAGCUUAGCAUGAAACUUGAUUGUAUGUCACUUUGGAGGCUUCAACAGCUCCCUGCAGCUGUGCAAAAAGAAUAUGAAACAUGUACUCAAGAUAUCUUGGAACUACAAUGGCAUUUUGAUUGUAAAAGCUGUCAGCUACAACAGGUAGAAAAUCAAGUACUUAAGAUAGAAACAGUCAACAAAAAGAUUCAAGAGGAAAUAGACUUCAUGAAGAAACACAGCCCUCUGCUGGAAGAAAAGCUGAACCUAGAAGGUGAAGCUAUGAAGGAUGUGUUACUGGCUUAUGAAAAGGCAUCAAAAAUAUACAGUGAUGUUCACUGCGAACUUGUGGAAAUCCAAAAGACAAUGAAAAGAAUUGAUGAAGAAGCUGAAAAAGAGAUAAAAUCUAUGUCUCAGAAAAUUAAAUAUGCUGAAAUGGUGUUUAGUCAAUACAAGAGUGAGUUAAAGCAUUCUGAAUUCACUUGGACCAAAUACUGUAAAAAGUUAAAAGAAGCAGAGGAGAAGAUUAUAAAGGAUGAAGAACACCUUGAAGAGUUAGUGAAGCAAAAAGCAGAUAUCCAGGAAGAUGCAAAAUCUUGGAACAGCAAAAUAGAAGAUUUGAAUAAUAAAAUAGCUGCCCAAGGAAAUGAGAACAUAAAAAUAUCAGAUGCAUGUUCUGAAGUGAUUACAGCUACUGAAAAAUCAAAAUCCACCUGGGAAGGUGAUCUACAGACUAUAAAACAAAAGCUGCUCAAUAUUAGUGAAGCAUUGAAUGAUUUGAAAUGUGAAAAUGAAGCACUUCAGGGAGAAAAUGAAGAGUUUUUGCAAAAAUCUGCAAACAGUUCAAGAAAAAAGAAGGCAUAUCAGUCAGAAAUAAAGACUGUCUCCAAAAGCAUACAGAAGAUUGAAGAGCAAGUAAAAAGAGUAAAUAAAGAUCUCUAUAAUGUUGAAUUGUCUUACGGUGAAAAAAAAGCAAAGUAUGAGGACUUGCAAAAAAAAAUAACCAGUGAAAAAAUUAAUUACAAGCAUUUGGAGGUGAAUAUUAAAAAAGAAAUUCAAGAACAAAAAGGAAUUUGGAAAAAGACUCAGGCUGCGAUUAAAGCAAUAUAUGGUGAGCUAGAGGAAAAACGAAAAGAGAGACUGAGGAAAAAAGAAGAAGAUACGAAGAUGAUAGAAGAGAUUGAGAGACCAGUAGCUGAUCUAGAAAAAAAAGUUGGAAGAAGUAAAGAUAUAUUUAAAGAAAACCAUGAGAAACUCUUGUAUUUGGAUGAGAGGGUACAAGAGGUAGAUAAACAGCAGAAACAAACAGAACGACAACUGGAGCAAAGAAGCACUGUGGUGCAGCAGCAAUUAAAUGAUAUACAGGAAAAAUAUUCAGUUGUUUACAGUCAAAUUGCGGAAACCUCUCACAUUACUGAAAGUUUAAAAAACGAACUUAGAGAAUUAAAUGCAUUAUGGAACAUGAAGGAAAUGCAGUUGGAAAAAACAGAAAAAUCUUUAACUGAUUUGGGGAAAAAUUUAAGUGCUGUGAUCUCUAAGCAGCAAAAUGUUCAGAUGGCAUUUAAUUAUCUCCAAGAUGAGCUAGCAGAAUAUGAAAAAAGAUUAAAGCAGGAAGAAAAAAUAUUUGGAGAAUUACGACAGACUAGAAAGAAAAAACUGAAAGAUUUGGAAGCUACGCUGGAGCAAAUCAUUAAAGAAAAUCUGUGGUUAGCUCAAGAAUACAAUAUCUUUCAGAACUACUACUUAAAUGAUAAAGAAAACCUUACAGUACUCUAUGAUAGUAGAAUAAAAGUGGAAGCUGCAGUUAGAGAUCAUCAUCAGCUGCGGGUGCUGCGGAGCAGGACGCGCGGGGCGCUGGCGGAGCGCUGGCGGCAGCGGGGCCUCCGCGGCCGCGCCGCGCUGGCCGGCGUCCAGGCAGCCUCUCAGGAGAACGCUCACAAAAUAUUAGCUGUGCAGGGGGAGUUGUCAAAAACAAUCCAGCACAUCACUGCCUUCCUGCAUUCUUUGACAGAUGGCUCGUCUGCUGUAGACAGCAAUGCAAACAACCAGGGGAUCUCGGAUGCUGAAGGAAAAGACAAGAAAAGUCAUACAGUUCAGAUAACAGUGUAA